AUGCAUCUCACGCGAGGGUCCGUUUCAAUCAGUGUUCCCUGGCGUCGGGAUCGAUCGUCAGAAGUGCUCGUGAAUGUACUGAGAAGGUAUUCGCACGCAGUGAACGCCGAUGUCGUGAUGAUGGCAGUGUCCUGCCAGUCCUCUGAAUCUCCUGAUCUGGCCUACGUGCUAAACUUCAUGGCGACGUACGAGUUUCAUGGGCUUGAGCUCAUCCUUGAUGAGUUCUAUUCCGCCGCUGCGAGCAAUUCACGGAAGAAGGAAAUCGAAGUCAUCUUAGAGCAGUAUAGUCGUCAGCCCGAUGCAGUUCAUUUUUUUCUUUCUGGCUUUUCCUCGUCGAACCAAUUCGUCAGCAUGUUUUGUUUGACCAGCCUUGAUAAGUUGAUAAGUCAGAGAUGGAUUGGACUCUUGCCUGAGGAGCGGUUCAAACUUCGAACGUCCCUGUUACAAAUGCUAGAGCAGCAUCACGCAAACUGUCCGGUCUUUUUGAGGAAUAAAUUGAUGAAGUUGAUCGUCGAUAUUGCCGGAAUAUCUUGGCCUCUCGAGUAUUCGGAUUUCAUCGAUCACGUUUUCCAGAUGGUGCAAGUGUCUCCAGAAGUUGGCCUUUCUUUUCUUCUGAUCACCUCAGAAGAACUUGGUUGCCCGCGAGGAAAUCUUACCAUGUCCCGCAAGAACGAAAUUCAGAAGCUUUUACACAUCGAAUGCCCGAGAAUCAUCUCAACGUUAUUAGAACUCCUGAGCGUGAUUUUGAGCCAUUAUAAGACCGCUGCUGUUCAUUCUCGUCCCGUUUCCGAACCAGCUUUGUAUACGGGACUCAAUUGGAAAGUCGCGAGAAACGAUUGGAUGAAAGUCGAUGAACGGUCACGCAGUUUAGCUGCAUUGGCAUUAAGUUGUCUCGCACACGUUCUCUCCUGGGCUCCGAUAUCGAUAGUUUCUUCAUACGAACCCCGGAAGCUAUUGGACUUGGUAUUUCAUUUUGCGAUUGCUGAUACAACGGGACCCGUUGGAGAAGCCGCCUUGGGUGUUCUUGUGGAAAUUGUGUCCAAAAAUCUUGUGCCUGUUCAAAGUGAAGCUUUCCUUGAAGCAGUUUACCGUGACACAUACUGUCUUCUCCGGCUGAUCGUGAUUGAUAAUCGAAACACCGUGGGUAGAGUGGGACCGAACUAUUUGGACAAAAUGACGGAGUAUCUCAAGAGUUUUCUCGGAACUCACAUCAGACGCUUGCAGAAGUUUACAUCCAAGCAUUGCAAUGCUCCGUUUGCCGACUUCAUGGAGUUUGUCUUGAUAUACACUGUUAAGCUCUCACCCCCAGAGAAGAUGUUUGCCGCAUUCGAAAUCUGGACCUCGUACUUGGAGUUCGUUUACGCUGACAUCGAGCAGGAAGAAAGAACAGGGACACAACUCGAGGAUCAUAGCUUUCACAGUGGGGCAUAUUGCUUGAAAACACUGGCUGAUAAAAUCUUGGAGCAUGUUCAAUUCAAGCACAAUUUCGAAACUCUCGAUAGUCUGGACAACUUGACGAUAGACGAAAACGGUUACACCGAGUGGACUUUCUUUGUGAAAGAAUGCAUCGAAAUGUUGGCCAAAAUUAGUGCUGUGACACCGCAAUACGCAGUUCAUGCGAUUACGCUGCCUUUGGAAGCUGCCCUUAAGGUGUAUCUUCAGCUUGAGACGACGGUGGCAGAAGAAAACGGGAAAAGGUGGCUCAUGGUCACUGCGGAUCACGAGUGCCAAAAGCUGCAUCGUCUUUUGAGGGAUCUCGCAACUUUCCUUCAGGCUGCCGGGAGAUUCGGCGAAUUCUUUGUUGGGGAUUAUUUCAGGAACCGAUUUUCCUGCUCCAUUGGGAUUUUCACGAUGCUUUGCGAAACGGCCGCAAUGGGUGCUCGGGUGAAGUUCUACGCGACAGACGUCGUGUUGCCGGAUUUGAAAAGUGAUUUUGAAGAAGCCAUGGCGCAGUCGUUGGCUGCCUUGAGACCGUGGUGUCGGUAUCUUGCUGAUUCCGUGCUCGAGCAUCAGACGGUUCCUCCGGAUUUUAUUCAAGAUCGCCUUAUACAAGCCAAAAUGCCUCUGGAGGACUAUGAGAAGUUUGUGAGCAUGAUCUUCCAUGCUGCAGUUGCGUGUAUCACCCCGGAUGCCCCAGUUAAAAUCUCGCAGUCGGCGGGACAGUUGUUGUGUUCCCUAACGAAGACGGUGCAUCCAUUGCAAGUGAUGGAAUCGGAAGUGAUGAAGAGUCUGGUUGAACGUUUGCCUGCUGGGGGCUUCGAUCGAGCGACGGAGCUAUUGGUGUAUCGCUCAGUAGCAAACUCAAUUCUCUCUACUUCAAACAAAAAAGGAAUGGAUCCCCAGUGGACACUCAAAAGGGAUCAGUUGCAGGCAUUCGUGAGAUCUCUAACUGGGGAUUAUUUGUCAAUGACGGGAGUGGUGGACCUAGGUCCUGAAACUCUCCAAUCCAUCGGAAGGGCUGUGGAAUUCAUAACCGAUUUGGUUGUGAAUGUUGAAGAUGAUUCCACUUCCGUGAAGGGAGCAGUAUUUUUCUGUAUUCAGCCUCAUUUGGCUGUUGCUUUGCACUUGCUUGGUCCGUGCGUAGCGGGAUCUCCUCUGAUUGCGGAAGCUUUGCUCAACUUGAUAUUGAAAUUAUUUGAGGUGAUGAGAAUGUCGCUUGGCGUCAACAACGCAGCAAAAAUAAUAGAGGCCAUAUUGAGUGCAUUUUCCGCUUCAGGGGUCAUGGAGAAUUGCUUUGCGCCCAACACCACGCCGAAAUCAGCCGGAAAAGUGCGUUUGAUGGAGCUGAUGCUGGCGAUAUUCGCCACAGAUUCCGGCGGAAGUCCGGCCAUCUCGGCGGCAUUCGUUGCGCCGACACUGGAUCUGUGUUUGGACAAAAUUUGGCCCCUGGUGUCAAUGUGCCCGGAACUCGCCGGACCAUUGAUCGAAGUGUUCGCGAGAGUGAUGUUGAAUAAUUGGCGAUUUUUUUUCGGGACUUCGCUGGGAGGAGCCAGCGGGGAUUUGUUGAAUGGUCGGGAACACGUUUUCCGCCGGAUAAUGGAGGCCUUCGGGUGGGCAUUAGUGCAACAGGAUUUGCAGCUUUUUCGGCAAACCCUGGCUGCCCUCGGACGACUUGAUGACAAAUGGCGCCUGUAUUCCAAAAAGAUUUUCAAGGAGAACAUGCUUCGGAGCUUCGAGAAGGUGCUGAUGGAUGCUUUGAUAGAGGGUCAUAAUUUGCUUCAGGAAGAAAUCGUCGAUGCGAUGCACAGCAUGGCUCAGUCGGAUAUGGCCGACUUUUAUCAGUAUUUCUUUCCGCAAUACAUUCGAGCAGACGCUGGACUGAACGAUGAACAGCGUAACAAGUUGUUGACGGAGUUCAUGGGGAUGAUGGAUUCGUCGUCAUACAAAGACAACUUGAUGGUCUUCGCGAAUGAUGUACGCUAUUAUCACGAGGCGAACAAAUGCCUUACGGGAUCUGUUUGAGAUGCCAUCCGUCGAUGAAUGUGAACGCUUUUUGAUCUUCUCGCGCGCGAGCUCUGCAUUCAAAAAUUCCGAUGCAAUUCCUACCGAGGAUUUAUAAUUGGCUUUGUGAUGAUGUGUGACGUAUUUUAAAUGCUUUUGGAAAUCCGAAACCAUGUCUUCGAUCAUUGUUAACUUGAACUAGAAACCGUAUAAAGUUGUUGCAGGUGCUCGGAGGAAUGAAUCUAGCGAGAGUGCUUUUGUUGUGUUAAAUUUUUUUUAUGUUGUAUUGUUGCGGAAAUUAGUCAAAGCUUCCGAUUUUCAAGAUGUCGAGCGCAAUGAUGGCCGUGCCUCUGAGGGCUUUCAUAAAAAAUUCGGAUAUGAAUGAAGGCAUGCAGAAGGAUUGCGUCCAUUUCACGAAUUUAGCUCUGGCUGAAUCGGAUCGUGAAAACGAUGUUUGCGAGACCGUUAAACGGGCGUUGGAUGCAAAAUACAAGCCAGCAUGGCAGGUGAUAAUUGGUCGCAAUUUCGGAUGCUUCGUCACACAUGCACCCGCCACCUUCAUAUACUUCUACAUCAAUCAAAUGGCUGUGAUGAUCUUCAAGACAAUCUGAUUAUUUUUCUUCAAUCGUCUGAUCGUUUUGAUGUUCUCGUUAAUCGACUUCUGUGAGCUCACUGAUGUAUAAAACGAUGCUCUGAGGAAAGGGGGAGU